AUGGCUGCAUCCGCCCUGUCCGUCUGCUCCAGCAACCGGAGCUAUGGGAGCCGGGCCUGCCUGCCCGGGUCCUAUGACUCUUGCACGGACUCCUCCUGGCAGGUGGACGACUGUCCAGAGAGCUGCUGUGAGCCCACCUGCUGUGCCCCCAGCUGUUGCACCCCAACCUCCUGCCUUACCCUUGUUUGCACCCCAGUGAGCUGUGUGUCCAGCCCCUGCUGUCAGACAACCUGUGGGUCCAGCCCCUGCCAGUCAACCUGCACCAGCUCCUGCGUGUCCUUGUGCUGCCAGCCCUCCUGCUGUACCUCCUCCCCCUGCCAGCAGGCCUGCUGCACACCCCUCUGCUGCACACCUGUCUGCUGCAAGCCCCUGUGCUGUGUGCCUCUCUGCUCUGGGCCCUCCUCCUGCUGCCAGCCCACCCCCUGCACCUCAUCCUGCUGCAGACCCUCCUCCUGCGUGUCCCUCAUCUGCCGCCCCGUGUGCAGGCCUGCCUGCUGCGUGCCUGCCUCCUCCUGCUGUGGCCCUGCCUCCUCCUGCCAGCCCAGCUGCUGCCGCCCAUCCUCCUGCAUGUCCCUGCUCUGCCGCCCCGUGUGCUCCCGCCCGGCCUGCUGCGUUCCCACCUCAGCCCAGACUUCCCGCUGCUGA